AUGUUUGUCAUCCCUACCGACACUAAAGGCGCUGUCCUUCGUCCAGCUUUUAUGGAUAUAAUAGCUAAACGUGUUACUGAAGCCAAAAGAAAACCACAUCCAAUACCUACUGUUACAAUGCAAAAUAAAAUCCCCAAACAAGUAAGUAAUCAACCAGUAAGUGUUAAUCCGAAGCACUCCCCUCCACGUAUUGCAAAAAUACUUGACAAAACACGCUAUUCAAUUCAAAAUCUUUUGAAUUGA